AUGAGGAUGAGUAAUAGGAGUGUGGCGACUAUCAAAGGCAACAAGAUAGGUCCUUGGAAGUUGGGGGAGACGCUUGGGCUCGGUAGCACGGGCAAAGUGCAGCUGGCCCAUAACGAAGCCACAAACCAACAGGCUGCUAUCAAGGUAAUAUCAAAGGCAAUUUUUAACACAAAGGUUAGCUCCAAGGAGAGUGCGCUUGCUGCAGCGACGCCUGAUUCUUUGCCCUACGGCAUCGAAAGGGAGAUCAUCAUAAUGAAAUUGCUGAAUCAUCCCAACGUAUUGAGACUUUACGACGUUUGGGAGACAAAUUCCAAUCUAUAUAUGGUGCUUGAAUAUGCCGAGAAAGGUGAGCUUUUCAAUUUACUUGUCGAGCGUGGGCCGCUACCUGAAAACGAGGCUAUCAGAUUCUUCAGGCAGAUCGUCAUCGGUAUCUCGUAUUGCCAUGCGCUGGGGAUUGUACAUCGUGACUUGAAGCCCGAGAACCUACUACUAGAUCACAAAUUCAACAUCAAGAUAGCGGAUUUUGGUAUGGCCGCUUUGGAGACGGAGGACAAGCUAUUAGAGACGUCGUGCGGAUCUCCGCAUUAUGCGGCUCCGGAAAUCGUGUCUGGUAUACCGUAUCAUGGUUUUGCCAGUGAUGUGUGGUCUUGUGGUGUCAUUCUGUUCGCUCUCUUAACCGGUAGGCUUCCUUUCGAUGACGAAGAUGGUAAUAUCAGAAACUUGCUUCUACAGGUCCAGAGUGGUAAAUUUCAGAUGCCCGAUGAUGACGAGAUCUCCAAAGAUGCUCAGGAUCUGAUAGCAAGAAUCCUGACAGUGGAUCCGGAGAAGAGAAUUAAAGCAAGAGAUAUCCUCAAGCACCCGCUCCUGCAGAAGUACCCAAGCAUCAAUGACUCAAAAAGCAUUAGGAAUCUACCUCGUGAAGAUACGUAUCUACAUCCGCUUGCGGAGGGAGAUUCGGCCCCAAUAGACGAAACUAUUUUACAAAACUUGGUUGUUCUGUGGCAUGGUCGUAGUGAAGCUGAUAUCACUACAAAACUGAGGGAGCCAGGUGCUAACGCUGAGAAGACUUUAUACGCAUUGCUAGAUCGGUUCCGGAGCGAUUCCGAGAGGGAUAGUUUGAAACAAACCCAAGUGAGGAAGAGGCAAUCUCAAACUUCGGCGGCUACUCAAGCGACAAACAGAAAAGCCGCCCCUAAGCUUCAAGCGAAUAAUUCACCAAAGAAAAGAAACCGCAACUCUGUGAUAAGCGUAUCUUCAUCGCAUAAAAGGCCAGUCUCAUUCAAUAGAUUAUCGAACGUUGCCAGCUCGAACAGCGUUCCUUCCAGCAAUUCUAAUACACCCUCCAAGAGGCUAUCAAUGAAUCUCUCCUCCAAUAAAAGGUUAUCUGCAGUUUAUACCAAUAAUAGCUCUCCUACUCCGGCAUCCCGCCAUAAGAGAGUCUCAGUGAUUGAUUUGGAGAAAAGCGGUGAUACUCCUCCCGUUCCGAUAGAGAUGCUGAAGGAUUAUAGCACAAACACAAAAAAUAAAAGGCUGUCGAGAAACAGUAUGAGACUAUCUUUUAAGCCAACCAACAAACGUGGCUCGAUUACGACCAAAUUGAUUUCCACCUACGCUAAGCUCUCGGAGGAUGACGACUGGGAGUAUAUUGAACAGGAAACCAAGAGAACGAGCUCGGACUUCGCAACGCUAUGUGAUCAAAUCUUCGAGCAUGAGAAGUUCGAGCAGAUUAGAAGAGAGAAGGAAGAAUUGGAAAGAAAGGUCAGGGAGGCAAAGGAACGUGAAGAGAGGGAGCGAAAGGAGCGAGAAGAGGAGGAGAAGAGGAAAAUUAAAGAGAAGCAAGAGAUGGAGAUGAGGCAACUCGAAAUUCAGCAACAGAUGGAGAAAGAAGUCGAAGCCUUGAAGAAGGAAUUGCAAAAUGAAACAUUCAAAGACGAACACCUUGAAAGUAAUAAUGACGAUGGAAUUGCUAAUGGUAGAUCGGUCUCUGCUCCAGUUGACAAAAAAAUAGAAGACGCCUUUGCUGAUAUACAGACCAAUAUCGACGACUUGCUUCGUCAACGAACUCUUUCCUUACAGACAAGACCAGUUUCCAGACUUGAUCCUGGCGUCUUUUAUUCUGAUUCCGCCAAAGGAAGUUACGGUAACACUUCUGCAGAUGAACAAAGGCUCAACAGUGAUAGGAUCAUAUUGGAAACAAUAAGAAGAUCUAAGUUUUUGGGUUCUUCCUUUGACAUUAAAGAGGAGUUGGAGUUAGCGAAGAAGGAAGAAGGCAAAACCCACAAGCACUUGGCUGAUGCAUCUGAAAGGGUUAUCUCUAUGACUAAUGAAAAAUAUGAAACUCAAGUUUUGCCUAAGAAUACUACUGCCACGGUCAUUUUAGAUGAUCUUGAUUACGAAUCGCAGCCUAGAAAGAUUUCAGAUAUUAAGGUUCCACAGUUCACGCGGAAAUCCCGUCAUUUCAGUGAUUCCAACAAAAGGCUUUCCGUCUUGUCGCUAUACUCCACUAAGCAAUCGUACAACAACCUUGCAAAUAUUCUGAAUGAUGACAAAUCGAAUUCUAAGGGAACCCAUGAUUCACCAGCUGAUAAUAGCGGCCAAGAACCGGAAUUCCUAUUCGAGACAGCGCAAGAAGAGGGAGAGUACACUGGAGAUAGUUCUAACGACGGGCGGUUAUACGAGGUCCCUGAGGAAUCUGUUGUUACGAAAGAUAGGUUAAAGCUGAAUUUUGCAGAUAGAUUUAAGAGCUCCGAGCCCGAAAGCAAGCGAGCCAAGGAUGGGAAUAUUAAACUGCCGUCACUUCCGCCAUUAAAUUCAACGGAAGCCAGUGGGUUAGGAAUUUAUAAGUCAUCGAGCGAAUCUAUUGAGGAACCUGCCAAGUCAGCGCCGUCAAAUCAACAAGAAGUAUUGGAGCCUAAAAAGGAAUUGAAACCUGUUGCUUCAAACAAAGAGAAAAAAGAUUCUUUGAAUAAUAUCAUGCCAAAACUGCGGCCAGAAGAAGCAAAGACAGCCGAUCAGUCACAAAGAAAGCCGCUUACCGAAGUGCCUGAGAAGAAGAGAAACACUUCCUUCUUCCGGAAAUUCUCGAAAUCAUCUAAUAAUGAGAAGAAAGAUACUGGCUACGACGCUGAGCUGUAUGCAAGCGUCUCCUCCAAGCAACUAUUUAAUGGUCUGCGAAACUUAAUGCAAGGAUGGACCAAAUACGGUCUAAAGGAUGUUAAGGCGGUGCCUGAGAAAUUAACGCUAACAGGAAAGCUUUCAAGCGACAAUAUUUUGUCCCUAAGGUCUACGCUGUUUGAGAUGGUUGUGUGGUCAAGAGGUAAUGCCAGCGUUGUUGGCUUCAAAAAGAAGAGUGGGUCUACGAAAACAUUGAAGAGACUGGUCAAUGAAAUUGAGAAGGUUCUGGUCAAGGAGGGAGUUUUGACAAAAUAG